GCAACACUAUGAUAUUACUGUCAAGAAACGUGCACAAUUUUGUUCUCACAAACACAAUGUUUUGAAGAUUUUCUAUCAAAAAUAUUAAUUCUAACAGUAAACUAAAUUAUUUCCGUGUAAAAAAUGCCUCUGAUACGUUCAGCCAGUUUUAACCUGUUCAUCGAAAUCCUGAUAAGGAUUAUCCUUUUCUCCGUAUUCUGCUACAUGGAGUCAAUGAGCCCCUUCAUCAGGGUGAUCCUCCCGGCGGAGCUGGAGAACGACUGCAAGUACCCGCGCCACGAGUCGCACGUGCCCGGGAGCACGCUGUGGGCGAUCGUGCUGGCCGUGCCAUGCGUUCUGACACUGAUAGCGUGGGCGAUUUGUAAUGACUGCAAUGAUGCUCUAGAGUUUCUCCUGGCAUGGUCGCUAUCACUGGGCAUAACUGGAGUACUCACAGAUGCGGUCAAACUAAUAGUAGGCAGGCCGCGGCCGGACUACUUCUACCGCUGCUUCCCGGACGGUCUGGCCACGGCCGACCUGUCGUGCACCGGCGACCCGGCCGACGUGCUGGAGGGCCGCAAGUCGUUCCCCAGCGGCCACAGCAGCAUCUCCUUCAGCUCGCUGGGCAUGGCGGCGGCCUGGAGCUGCGGCCGCCUCGGCACGCUGGCGCGGCGGCGCGGCUCCGGCGCGCGCGUGCUGGCCACGCUGGCGCCGCUGCUGGCCGCCGCCGCCGUCGCGCUGUCCCGCACCGCCGACUACCACCACCACUGGCAGGAUGUCCUGGUGGGGUCCAUCUUAGGCCUGUCAGUGUCUCUGUUCUGCUACCGGCAGUACUACAACCCCCUGACCUCGGACCUGUCAGGGAUCCCGUACAUCGUGUCCCGGAGCACCCUGACCAAGUUCUUCAGCGGGAAGCCGGACAUCAGUCCAGUUAAAGACGUCAAGGAGGAGUCCACUCCGCUACUCAAUGGAGCCAAGAAAGAGGACAAGUGGAUUUAAUGUCAUCAAAAACUGACCCCCGCAGGUUUACCCGCGUAGUUACUACCCCCGUGAGAAAACGGGGAUGAAAUAUAACUCAUGUCACUCUGUGAAAAUGUUGCUUUGUAUUGGUCAAAGAACUUUUUAAAUCGGUUGAAUAGUUUUUGAUUUAAAUCAUGACAAAAAAAUCAAUUCUUUUUAUAAAGCCAAAUAAGACCAAGGUGGAUAGGAUUUUUUUUUAUAGAACGUUUGGCAUAUUUUAUAAAAAUUACAUUACAAACUAAAUCCAUCAAGUUAUUCAACUCUAUGGCGUCGUAGAGUUAAUAGAACACAAACAAGAUGUCUUUAAAAAUCGUAGAUAGAAAAGUAUGUAGACAGAUAGAAAUCAUUCGAAUUCAAUUAAAAAUACCUAACUAGUAUAGGAAAAAAUUGUUCAAAAAUUGUUGACACUUUCUUUAAAACAGUUUUAAAUUCUAUUAGAUGGAAAAACAAUAUUAAGUUUUUUUGAGACUUAAAUACUCUCAAAUUUUAAUUUUAAAUUAUACUUAUGUUUAGACGUCUGAAAACGCUGUCCGCCAUGAUGGUGCUACAUUAUCUGUGCCAUUACGUCAAGCGAGUUUUGUUUACUAGUUUUCGCUUAUCAAUUUUUAUUGAAAACCAUGCUUUUUAAUACUUACACCAAAAGUAUUAGUGAUUACCAUCUAUGUAUUUAUUGAGCUUUCACGAAAACUGUGUCGGACAUCCUUUAUUUAGACGUGUAUAUAUUUACUAAGACAAUGAUGUCAUGAAGUGGACGACAGUGUUUUUGGCGUUUGGAAAAAUAUAAAAUACACAAUUUUGAACUGAAGUUUCUUAUGUAAAUUUAUACGAUUUUUUUUAUUAAAAUGUUGAUUGCUGUGUUUCGGUCUGAAGAGACUAAGCGUCGGUGUAAUUCCAAGCACAUGAGGUUUAGCACGAUGCACAGGCAGCACAGGCAGUCCCUUGCAUGCCUGCAAUAUUUUGCCCUAAUACAGGCAAUUGUCACUUGCCAUCAAGUGAACCAUGCUUGAGCCCAACUAUGGAAAAAACGUCAUAAUAUUCUACUUAAUAACAAAUUAAUAUCUAGUUGUAAGAUAAUGUUAAACAUUCCAUUUUAUUGUGAUAUUUUAGUUACCACUAUUUUAUAAAUUAUAUUAUAUAAAUAGUUAAUUAGACUUAACAAUGUAUUUUUUGAAGUAAAACUUCGCUCGCUUGACUUGACUUGAGUUGGUCAAUAUACGUUACGAAAAGUGUAAUCGGGCGAGGCGUGCUGCCAUCUACAGGUACAGUAAAACAGUGUUUGCUAUUUUAAACUACCAGUAGAUGGCGUGCUUAGAGAACUUUGAAACAAUCCCUUAUGCGAUGCAGUUAUGCCAUAGACUCAUAGAUGGCGCUUGUUUUUUUAUUUUUGAAAGAAGUUUUACUUCAGUCGUGUGAUCGAAACACACUAAUUGUUUUUUUUUUAUAUAUUUUUGCUUUGAAUUCAAUAUUUUACAAAAUCCGCGCGUACCAUGAUUUUUUAAAAAUAUAUACAGAAAGUAACGUACAUAUGUGUUACUUUAGGACCUCCUCUAUGUUCCAGUAAAA